AUGGCGCUGCCAGGGCAGAGUUUCAAGAGGGUACUCGUGCUCCUGUUGGACUGCGGCGUGACGAUGCAGCAGCCACUUCGAGGUGACUUGCCCGCCGCAUCCUACGCGCUGGAGGCGGCCACAGCACCCGCAUUUCCGCCGCCCUCUGUGGGUGCGUCUCUCGCUUCAGCCAGCAUGAGCACCGUGGCGUCUCGCGGGCAUCCUCUUUCCGCGCCCUCCCCACGCGGAGACUCGGCUGCUCCCUUCGCAGACAUGCCGCCCCCUUCGAGCUUCCGCGCCAUGAAGAACGCAGUGCUGGUGUAUGUACAGCACUUGGCCGCAACCUCGGCCAAAUUGGACGUGGGCAUCGUCUGCUUCGGAAGCGCCAAAACUAACAGUCCUCUCGCGGCACCGCAGGAGGGGAGCGAGGGCGCGGCCGAAGACGACCCAGGUUACCAACAUGUCGACGUGAGUGUCCAGCCCUCGAGCGCCUCCUGGGAGCACGUCAGGGCCAUAGAAACACUCGAAAACUCAGACAACCGCAGUGACGCCAUCGACGGCGUGGUUGUCGCUGUCGAUACGGUCGAGAAAGUGUACGGACCCAAGCUGACGCAGAACGACGUCUCCUUCCUCAUCGUCUCAGACUGCCGGUCGACCCUGCCGGCUCCCGAGGAUAUCAUGCCUGUGCGGGAUCAUCUCCGCCGGCUUGGCAUCAGGACCUACGUCCUUCUCGUCGAUGGCGCGCUGCCGGCAUACCCUCCGGUUUUCCGACUGCCUCUUUCUUCGAGCUCGCGCGUCGAACCGACUCUCCUCGCUCCGCACACGCUCCCGUCGUUGGCGCCGCUAGCUCUGCUUGCCUCCACUCUGGUUCCUCUUCGGAGUUUCCUGACUUCGCCCUUCCUCCAACUCUUCUUUACGCCGCGAAAGCGGCUGUCGACCAAGUGCCGAGUCAACCUCCAGAUCUCCGACGCCUUUUCGAUUCCCGUCUACGUUUUCGUGAAGACACGCAAGGAGACACUUCCCACGUUGCGGAAGCGAGUCUUCGUGGGGAGGUCGGCCUCGCAGGCUGCGAAGCGACGAAAGUGUGACUUCGCGUUCGCAUCCAGUGAGCCGGCUGAGGAGGAUGACGCCGCCACGCUGGAGGGCGACUUGGCGGAGACAGGCGACGCGUGGAGAGACCUGAAAGUGCAGAGGUUCUACUACAGAGCCAACGAUCCAGACAGAAAACCGGUUCGGCUCGGCGACCAGGGGCGAGGCAAACAGUUCGAGGGAAUAAGCCUAUUUGGCGGAGCUGAUGACUCGGAUCAAGAAGACCGGAGGCACGCAGGAGGCGAUAAAGCUUCUGGGGAGUUGGUACAGAGACUUUACGCCUAUCGAUACGGGAGGCAACUUGUUGCUGUAUCGGCUGUCGAGCAGCAGGCGCUGAAAGGGCGUACUACCGCCGGCCUAGUUGUCCUCGGCGUGACGAAGCGCGAUGUAAUUCAGAAAUGGUGGAACCUCGGCGCGACAGAGUAUGUGACGUGUGCGCUGAACAAUCGUCCGUCCCUUGUGGCUCUGCGGUCUUUGGUUCUGGCGCUGGAGCGCCUUGACUCAGUUCUGCUUUGCUCGUUUGUUUGGCGAUCGGGGUACCCCGCCCGACUGGUGGCGCUUCUGCCGCACAUUGGCGCUCGUGGCUCCACCCCGGACCCACACAACAAGUCGCGAAUCGACAGUGACGCGGUGAAGAGGAAGCAGGAAGAAGGGGGAGGCGACCGCGGGGGAGACGGCGAAGAAGGCUGGAGGUACGGGCUGCAUCUCAUUUACCUGCCCGUCGCAGAGGACAUGCUCGAGCUGCGACUCCCCCCCUUGCCCUCUGUCACGCCAAACCAAUUGAGAGCCGUCGAGGAUCUCGUGGAGAGCCUGACGCUCCCCGGAGCCGCUCCACUUCGCUUAGGAACAGACGGGGAAGGCGACGCGGUUUCGAGCAAGGCGGACAGGGAAGUCUCCCAGCCGGAGGACUCAAAGGACCUACUUGAUGAAGAGAGGAAAGAAGCGGAAGCGAGCCUCAGGGCCCUGCAGCCUCCUGCCUCGUCGCCGGCGGGGUGGCAGACCAACCCUGCGAUGGACAUUGCUGCGGACCCAGUGUCGCAUGUGAAGUCGCCCUCCCCCCCAUGUUCUUCUUCAGUAUUCUCUUCUUUUCUGCCAGAAGGCAUCGCCAACUUUGCUUCCGAAGAGACGAGCCUGGCGCUACAUAAGAUUCACAAUCCCGCGCUCCAGCGGUACUACCAGCUCCUCGUGUACAGACACUACAACCCGCCCUCGCCUCCGGCAAGCGUGGGCGACGACGGCGGAAACGCAGAACAGGAACGACAUGUAGAUCGGAGCGGAGACGCUGCAGACGUCCACACACGCAUCCUCCCCUCUCUGUGGUCGCGCCUGUCGCCUGUGGAGCAGCUUUUCACGCAUAAGCCGCCCGGUAUGUUCAAGGAAGAUGCAGGGGAGACACAGGAGGCUUAUUCGGAAGAGAAGGCUCCGUUGGAUGCUGACCUAGCGAAGGCGUUCCCGCUCGCCACAUCACCCGAGGCGCAGAGGGCGAUGCUGAGGCACAAGAGAGAGCAGCGAAAGCUUCUCUUUGGCGAAGUUAUCAAAAAACAGAAACAACUGCAUCUACACGACGUCAGGGUGACCGGGGAGGAAGCCAGUGCCAGCGAGAGACACGACGCUGCUGCUCAGGAUUCACAGCGAGCCAAGGAACGCCGAGAAGAGCAGGAGCGACUCGAGAGGGCGGUCGAAGAGAAGGAGCGCGAGGAAAAGAUUGAAGCGCUCAACGCUUUGCAUGUGAACAGUGUGAACCCUGUCCGGGACUUUCAGCGGCUCCUGGAGGUGAAGGAAACAGACUUAACUGAGAGGGCCAUUCAGGAAAUGACCGACAUGAUUUGGAGGUUUUUGCGGGCAGCGGCGGGACCGCAGCGAACCUCAGGGGACGCGGAAGCACCGCAUACGCGGAGAGUGGAGUCACAAGGGCCUCAGAGUGUACGAAGACAGCAGCACCUUGGAAAGGCGCUUGCGUGCGUCGAGGCACUUCGGGAGGGAUGCCGCAAAGAGCUGGAAGGCGCGAAAUUCAACGAUUUUCUCCGAGAGCUGAGGACAGCGGCAGAUCAGGACGAUGCGGCGACAGGGGGAGACGCCCUGCCCGCUUUCUGGCAGUUGAUGAAAUCAAGAAGAGUGGCGCUGAUAACAAACGCAGAGGAUCCACGCGUCGAGGUUGAUCCCAGUAAAAGCCUGAGCUUUUACGACGCUCAUGAAGAGAACUCUGCAACUGAGGCCAUGCAGGCGGCGGGGGCUCCACGAAAUGUUGAUGCUCUUGAUGAUUUGCUAGACCUUGUGGAGUAG